AUGACCUCUAAUCCCCUCUGCCCCUGCAGUCCAUUCAAAAGGCAGUUUAGGAGUGAGCAGGAAAGCUCUAUAGUCCCACCUCCUGACUCUGUAGUCCGGCCUCCUGACUCUGUAGUCCGGCCUCCUGACUCUGUAGUCCAGCCUCCUGACUCUGUAGUCCGGCCUCCUGACUCUGUAGUCCGGCCUCCUGACUCUGUAGUCCCGCCUCCUGACUCUGUAGUCCGGCCUCCUGACUCUGUAGUCCAGCCUCCUGACUCUGUAGUCCGGCCUCCUGACUCUAUAGUCCGGCCUCCUGACUCUGUAGUCCCGCCUCCUGACUCUGUAGUCCCGCCUCCUUGUCUAGUUGCCAGGCACCGGAAGCAAACACUGCUUCAGUCGAUCCUUCACAUCUGA